AUGUUUGGGCUUACGAGUGACGUCGCCGCUCGCCCUCCCUACCCUUUUCUUGCCCUAAAUGGACACGCUCGGGAGUCCGACGGCAACGGACAAAGCUCCGAUUCGCUUCCCUGCAAACAACAUCACAUUGGUGGAUUCCGCACAAGCAGGACCGCACUGUCGAGCCAAGCGACCUCACGUUUCCAACCUCGCCCGCCCCGAACUAUCUUCCCGACCCCCAAGCAUCCGGCCCUCGCUCCGUGGUCCCCUUCCCUUCUUCCCACCACGUCUACGGAGUGGGUGCCGGCUCCCUCUCCCAGGGCUGGGAGCGAGGAGCUGGGAGACACGCUAGAUAAGCCCUUGGAGAAUGAUGCGGAGGGUGUGUGGAGCCCCGACAUCGAGCAGAGUUUCCAAGAGGCCCUGGCCAUCUACCCGCCCUGCGGCCGCAGGAAGAUCAUCCUCUCUGAUGAGGGCAAGAUGUACGGACGAAACGAGCUAAUCGCACGGUACAUCAAACUCCGCACUGGAAAAACGAGGACGAGGAAGCAGGUGUCCAGUCACAUCCAAGUUCUAGCACGACGGAAGGCUCGGGAGAUCCAGGUGAAGCUGAAGGACCAGGCCGCCAAAGACAAGGCGCUACAGAGCAUGGCCACCAUGUCUUCGGCCCAGAUCAUCUCACCCACGGCCUUCCAGAAUAAGAUGGCCCUGCAGGGGCUCUCCAGGCCGGGUUACCCCACAACUGGUGGUUUUUGGCACGGGGCUCUUCCAGGACAGCCAGGCGGCCAUGAAGACAUUAAGCCCUUCUCCCAGCAGAGUUACGCCAUGCAAGCGACCGGCCCGGCCCCCAUAGCAGGUUAUGAAAGCACUGCGGGGCUGUCCAUGUCACCCGGUGCCCCGCCUUGGCACGGGAGAUGUAUCGCCAGCUCCAAGCUGCGAAUGCUCGAGUUCUCUGCCUUCCUGGAACAACCUCAGGACCCAGAGACUUUCAACAAACACCUUUUCGUGCACAUCGGUCAGUCCAACCCCAGCUACAGCGACCCGUAUCUGGAGUCGGUGGACAUCAGGCAGAUCUACGACAAGUUCCCAGAGAAGAAAGGAGGCCUGAAGGAGCUGUUCGAUAAGGGGCCGCACAACGCUUUCUUCCUCGUCAAAUUCUGGGCGGACCUGAGUGUGAACCUUCAGGACGAUAGCACCUUCUUCUACGGCGUUUCCAGCCAGUACGAGAGCGCCGAGAACAUGAUCAUCACCUCGUCCACCAAAGUCUGCUCCUUUGGCAAGCAGGUGGUGGAGAAAGUGGAGACCGAGUACGCUCGCUUCGAGGGCGGCCGCUACAUGUUCCGGAUCCACCGCUCCCCGCUUUGCGAAUACAUGAUCAACUUCAUCCACAAGCUCAAACACCUGCCCGAGAAGUACAUGAUGAACAGCGUCCUGGAGAACUUCACCAUCCUUCAAGUGGUGUCCAACAGGGACACCCUGGAGACACUGCUGUGCGUGGCCUACGUGUUCGAGGUCUCUACGAGCGAACACGGCGCCCAGCAUCACAUCUACCGGCUCAUCAAGGACUGACACGAGGACGGGAACGUCACCGCUCCUCCGCCACAAAGACCCGCACUACUCGGCGAAAUUCGGACUAGAGCGCGACCCCCCCAACCCCAACCUGCCCGAGGAGUCCAAACGUUUCCCAGGGACGACGCCGUACAUACCGGGCUCGAUGUGUUGACAGCGAUGGGGAAAGGACCAUGAUGCACUGCGGUCUUCACACCAAAGCCUGGCCUUGAAAAAAAGACCUGCAUGAGAACCUUAUCUUUGGUGUUUUUCUUUUUUUAAUUAUUAUUUUUUUAAAUUUUACAUCGGAUUUUAAUAGUGCUUGUUUUGCUUUGAUCGUGUCAUGCAUGUGUGCAGGUGUUUGGCUGACUCAGGGUGCCACCUACUGACUGAAAGAUGAAUGGCACAUCCGUUACUGAAAACGUAGGCAGAAAAUUGCACAACCUGUUUUUUGUUUUUGUUGUUUUUGGUUUUGUUUUAUUUUGUCCCACGUGCCAAUCGUGUGUGCUAUAUUUGAAUAAUGAUGUCGUAAACGCGCCACACAUACCAAGAUACGAAAGACGCUGAAGACAUAAGCAAUUGUAUCCACUUUGCGUUUUUGUGUUUGCUGUUUUUAAUGUCUCCCGUGUUGUCUUAAGACGCCCAACAACAAAAAAAAGGCACAUAAUAAUUAAUAAUAUUUAGAAUGAUAAUAAUUGCGAUAACACUGCUACCUUGAAGCACAGCACAGUCGGAAAUUUGUGGGUUUCAGAAGUUGUCAACUGUUUCAUGUUAUAUGCCCUUGAAGUGUCAGAUGAAAAUACAAAGUGUUUCUUACAAAAAAAAAACAAAAAAAAACACUGGCGCUGUUUUAUUUAUUUAUUUUUUUUAAUUCUUUCAAGUGUCAAACAACUCUCUGCAAUAGAGAUUUAAAAUUGAAUUCAACUCAAUUAUGACAUUUACUGUUUAGGUAGAUAAAACAUGAGUGUUGGACACGGCAAAAUAAAAUAAUGAAAAUAGUGUAACAUGCGAUUGAUUUGCAUGGAAGCUGAAUUAUUAUGUAAAUUGCACCAUCGAUCUAUUUUGUUUCAAUACAUUAAUCAUAUUUAAGGUGAUAAUAGUGUCACUAAAUUAUGUAGGAUUAUAUUAAUGUGAUUAUAUGUAUUAUAAGUUUUAAUUCUGCAACCAUGUAGAUCAAUGGUGUACUUUUAUAUACCGUAUUUUAUGUGGAUGCAUGUUUAUAUUUCACCAUCCAUGGAAACC